CCGGUGUGUGUGUGUGUGGUUUGGAACACAUGUGACUGCGUGCCAGCGAAACCAAAACAAAUGCUACAAAUUGCAUAAGACCUAUGUAGCAAUAAUAUUGACUACAUAUUAUUAAUUGUUAUUGUAAUAAACGGUCAUUGUAUAAUAUAUUAGGAGCUGUUAAUUAUGCGUAUGUCUUCUAGUAGCACUGUAAGUUAGGUCGGUGUCAGGAAUGGACGGGGUCCGGUGGGCGUUCCGCUGCGGUUCGUGGGUACCGACCCGUUCCGAGUGGACCCUCGCGGCCCGGUGCGUUCAGCUGGAGGAGAAAGAACGAAUCGGGCAGUUCGUGUUCGCCAAAGACGCUAAAUCUGCCAUGGCUGGUCGUCUGCUGAUCAGAAAGCUGGUUUGUGAGAAGAUGGGUUUUGCAUGGGACGGGUUUCGUCUGGAAAGAACAGCACGGGGUAAACCCUUCCUGCCACGGACCUCAUCCACUCCCAGCGUCCCACACUGGAACUUUAACAUGUCCCAUCAGGGAGAUUAUGCCGUGCUGGCAGCAGAACCGGGACGCCAGGUGGGCGUAGAUGUAAUGAAGACCAGCAGACCAGGCAGUAGCUCCAUUCAGGAGUUUUUCCGCAUCAUGAAUCGUCAGUUCACGGAUCUUGAGUGGACGAACAUACGGAAGGCCGGAACAGACUGGGAUCAGCUGGACAUGUUUUAUAGGCACUGGGCGUUGAAGGAGAGUUUCAUCAAAGCGAUUGGCACGGGGCUGGGCUUCGACCUGCAGAGGGUGGAGUUUCACAUCUCGCCCAAUCAGAUGCGAGAGGGCCAAGUGUACCGGCAGACACGAAUGUACCUGGAUAAUGAAGAAGAGGACUGGACAUUUGAGGAGAGCUUAUUGGACAAAGAUCAUCACGUCGCCGUGGCGCUGGGAAAACCAGAUAUCAGCACGUCUGAAGCGGACAGUGGGACUGUUUGUGAAGCUCCGCCCCUUUCAUUCACACUGUUGAGUUUCAGUGAUCUGGUGUCGAAAGCCACGCCCCUUCUAGAGGAAGACCCCGCCUACUGGGAGAGAUUUCAGAGCAAAAAGGAAGCGCCUUCAAGACAAACUGAACAGCAGUGAAUAAACAAAAUAUAUAUAUAAAAUUUGUUCUUUUGAGGUCAUUCCUGUUCUGAAGUAUUUUUUUUAACUGCAUCUUUAAAAAAAAAAAAAAGUGACUAUUUGAAGACACUUCAGCUUUAUUACUUAUUUCCACAAUGACAAUGAACAGGACAUUCAUAAAAGUCAAUUUGAAGUUUGUUUUCGUAUUUUAACCAUCUUUUUAGACAUCUUUUGAUAUCAACUGAUUCGUUUAGGUAGACACAAACUAACGAUUGAUGAUGUUUGUGCUGCUGUUUUCCCUCCAAAAUGAUGUCACUUCCUGGAGAUGAUGUCAUUAAGGAGCUGCCUUUAGUUAGUUAAUGGGAUAUAAACUGUGAGUGUUACUUUAUCCAUUAUACAGUAUGACAUAUCUGAUGGGAACAUGAAAAUGUACUGCAUAGGAAUGACCCGUUUAUGUAAGAGAUGAGUGUAUUUUCCCAACCUACACCUCCUGAAGUCAGUCUCUCUCUCGGUCCCUCCAUCUGC